GGUUUAUCCUGUCAUCUCUUCGUCAACCACCAAAAUAAAGCCAUAUCCAACACGAUCCAGCCCACGCUCCACUCCCACUCCAGUGCAGAUCAGGCUGCCGAGGGAGGUGUGGCAGCUUAUCCCUCCCUUCUUGACCUCUUCCUGCUUCUCGUCCUCUCCACAUCAAACAUCCAUUUCGAUCCAUACUUACCAACCAACCCCCUAACUGCCAACGCCCACGACCAGAAACAAACGCGCGCGCGCACACGCACACGCCAUCUCAUCCCAUCCAUCCCCUCUGACGGCCCUGUAGCUUGUCACCUUUCCCUUGUGACUGGCUCCCUGGAGACCUGGACCUGGACCCGGACCAGGACCCGCUGACUGUGGUCUGCUACCCUUGUACCCUUCCCUCCUAUACUCCGUUACUUACUCUACCAUACUUUCUUGUCCCCUCCGUACCAAGCGAGUACUUGCUCGCUCGCGUUUGCACCUUCUGCUUGCUCUGCUGCACAGGUACCCCCGUUCCAUAUCCUGUUACAGACACGACACCACCAUCCUAUCGCUCCCCCCUUCGACUUCCUCCUUCCGUCCCUCGAUCCAUAUCCGGCCUGCCAUCGAUCUUGCUCGAAACUUGACAACUUCGAGUCCGAGUCGAAUGUUCGCAGAGAUUGACAAUCGGGCAGGUCGCUCCAAUGGGUAAUAGCCAGGGCAAACCCGUCGAGUUUGACGGCGAAGUCAACCUCAAUCACUUCCGGUUGCUGCGGGUCGUCGGCCGAGGUGCAUUUGGCAAGGUCAGAAUCGUCGAGCGAAAAGACACCGGCCUCUCCUUCGCCCUCAAGUACAUCCGCAAAGAUGAAGUCGUUCGAUCCGAAAGCGUGCGAAAUAUCAUCCGGGAGCGCCGUAUGCUCGAACAUGUCAACCACCCCUUCAUAUGCAAUCUGCGCUACAGCUUUCAGGAUAUAGAAUAUAUGUACCUCGUUGUCGACCUCAUGAGCGGUGGCGAUCUCCGCUUUCAUAUAUCCAGGAAGACCUUCACAGAAGAUGCCGUCAGGUUCUGGAUAUCCGAGCUGGGCUGUGCUUUAAGAUACAUACAUGGCCAAGGCAUCAUACAUCGUGACGUGAAGCCAGACAAUGUUCUGCUUGAUGCCGAUGGGCACGUCCAUCUGACAGACUUUAAUGUCGCAUCGGAUAUUAUACCUGGGAAAGUUCUCACGAGCAAAUCCGGAACUCUGGCAUACCUUGCCCCUGAGGUCUACGCCGGCAAGGGCUAUGAUCGACGAGCAGAUUGGUGGUCACUUGGUGUCUUGUUUUACGAGUGCAUCUACAAUAAGAGACCCUUCGAGGGUAACUCCGAAAACGCCCUGGGCACUGUCAUACAAGCAGCUAAUCCGAAAUACCCAAUCACGCAACCACCCGUCUCCCUGCUUUGUCUUUAUGCUAUCAAGGACGCCCUGAGCCUGGACCCGAACAAGCGUCUCGGUCACACAUGGGAAAGCUUCACCCACCACGAUUUCUUUAGGCCCAUUAAUUUCGAGGCUCUCGAGAGGAAGGAGAUUGAGCCAGUAUUCGUGCCAUCAUCCGAGAAGACGAACUUUGACGCGACAUACGACCUGGAAGAGUUAUUACUGGAGGAGGCUCCACUGGAGGCCAGGGCUCGGAGGCAGAAGCCGCGCGAGAAGCUGAAGGACGACGCGACAGACAAGGAGAUUAGGGAAGAUGAGUUGUACCGGAUGAUCGAAAACGACUUCCGGCCCUUCGACUAUACCGUGGCUGCCUAUAAAAAGUCGCCAGCCGCCGGCGCAUCGUCGAGACCGAAUGGCGCUACAAAUACACAGCACGGACAGGCAUUCACCUCGGACGAUGCUCGGCCCCUCUCCCAGGCGACGACAGCGACGAAUGGCUAUCAAGGGCAGUCAGGACAGCAAGGGCCGCCACUUACGCCCUCAAGAUCCAGUGAGGCAAAUCCGGGGCAUUCGAAGAGCCACAGCAGAGGCAAAGGUACCCAUCGACCAUCCCCACUACCGCCGUAUCCGAAUUCGUAUACGACGAGCCCGAAGCAUAGCAAGGGUGGCCCCAAAGGCAUCUUCGUGGAGAGCCCUACUGGAGGCGUGCAGGUGACGCUCGACGGCGGCGGCAGCUGGUCGGAUUUGGCUCGUCAAGACGCAACACUGCCAGCAGACGCAGCCGGUGCAGGUCAGGAAGCUGGCAAGGUCGAGGCUGGGUCUGGUGGCGUGUUUGGGUUCCUGAACAGGAAGAAGGGGCGCGGUAAUAGCCCCAAACCGAAGGAGAGAGGUGUUCUGGGGAAGGAGGGCGCAAGAGUCGUAAUUGGUUAGGGGCGAUUAGGGUCUCUACGCAACUGGCGUCAAGACAAUGUCUGGAUGAGUUCGACCUUGAGUUUUCUCGACAACGAUGCUUUGACU